GCGCGUUAGCUCCAAGCUCCAAUGUACACACACCCAGUUUGCUUGCGCCGCUAUCGAAGCCCGUCGGGUUGUUGGAGCUUCCGCCUAGUUUGUGUGGGAUAGCUGCUGAUUUCGGUACCCGCGCGCUGCUGAGGACGAUUUUUCGGCCUCCCAUACAAGGACACAAGAUCCAUUUACGCCAAUUGCGAGACCAGCUGGUUGUGCAGAUCAGGUUUUUGGCUCAGAUCCGACUGGCGGCUUGCGUUUGCGUUUCGAAAUUCCGGCAGCGGAGCAGGAUCGUCCAAGACGUCGACGUCGCAUUUACGGAAACCGUUUUUUUCUCUGAGCACGCCUCCUGCUCACGCGGGUACGGGGAGAUUGAGCAGCUCAGCAUUCCCGGUGUAUAGUUUAAGGAAAACACAACCGGAUCCCCCGUAAAGGAUCCCUCGGUGGCGGCUCCACUUAGACCGCUGAGCAGGUGCAAAAUAGCUAGGUGCGCCAGCACGUCGACAUCCGGGCGAGGCUCUCUUCUCCAUCCUGGAAAGGCGCGGGCUCCAGGGGACUUACCUCGGCAGCAAGAGCUUAGAAAAAUCUCGGUGCAGCGCCACAUGCGGCGGUGGAUGGUCGGCUGUUCCCACUGCUGGUGAGACGGAACGGCGGCAUAUUACAACACGCUUUUUUCUGAGCCGGGACAAGAUUAUUGCGGGGCUGGGUUACCACCGCCGAAAAAAGACCCGGGUAUUUUCACCAGCGGAACACGACCUUCCCGCCAAAGUCGACGCGGGUGACACCUCCUGUUUGCUUCGCGGGUGGCGACACACACACACACACACAGCGCAACCAAUUUCGGUUCGCGACGACGGGGAUGAGCUCCGCCAAGGCGGCCGCGUUCGUCGCGCUCAUGUUCGCCCUCGGGGCGGCGCUGGACAGGACGAGCCAGUCGGCCCUGGAGGAGUUCCCGCUGCCUUGGAUGGUGGCCACGCUUCAUUUCGGGGCCGGGUUGCUUUGGAUAUUCCCAGCUUGGACUAUCGGGAUGCGACAAACUCCUCGCCUCAGCGACACUCAGAAGAAGCGGGUGGCACCCUUGGCCUUUCUCCACGCCGCCGGGCACCUGUGCGUGCUAGGGGCGGGGUCGCUGGCAGUGACACAAGUUUUUCAGGCAGCGGAGCCCGUGGUUGUUUCCGUGAUGUCUUUGGUCGUUGGGAGUGGUGGUAAGCAGCAUCUCGUGGCUUGGCUGGCCCUGGUGCUAGCGACGGCGGGCGUGUUAAUGACGUUUCAAGAGGGCAUUACUGCUGGGUCGGUGGUGACGAACUCGGUUGCAGCAUUCGCGGCCCUUCUCUCCUCGGCCCGUACGGCACUCUCCGACCAAGUGAUGGUGGAAGAGGCCGUUGCGCUGAAGGGACAGCUGUGCUCCAUGGUCUUCGUGUCGGGAACGCUGUUCCUCAUGCCCUUCGCUGUCGUCAUGGAGGGAGCUCAGUUGUCGGAGCAGUGGGACAGAGCCUCUGCCUCCAUCGGCAGCACCACCCUUAUCGUCAAGCUCAUCCAGGGCGGCACGCUGCUGUACAUGUGGAGCGAGUGCCUGUUCGGCCUGAUCGAGGAGGCCGGCGCGGUGGCCGCGGCAGUGGCCGUAGCCGUCCGACCGGUGGCGGUGUACGCGUUUUUCGCGGCUUUCUUGGGAGGGAGCUGGACAACGUGGGGAUUGGCGGGAAGCUGUCUGACGUCGGUAGCGGCCGGCUUGUUUGCGUACGCUAGUCGUCGAUUCGUGCUCAAGCCGCCAAAGACAAAGGGACAGUGAGCUAUUUGAAUGUUUAGAAACACGCUUCCGGUCAGUAUUGGAUGUAUCAGAAUGUUGCAUAGGAUUAAUUUGGUUGUGGGUUCCUUAUUGCCGUUGUGGAGUG